AUGGAGGUGAAUGGUGAUAACGUGCUCCACAACAACUUUGGAGUAGGUAUGGAGGUGAAUUGUGAUAAUGUGCUCCAUAACGAAACAUUUGGAGGAGGUACGGGGGUGAAUGGUGAUAAUGUGCUCCAUAACGAAAACUUUGGAGGAGGUAUGGAGGUGAAUUGUGAUAACUUGCUCCAUAACGAAAACUUUGGAGGAGGUGUGGAGGUGAAUGGUUGUAACGUGUUCCAUAACGAAAACUUUGGAGGAGGUAUGGUGGUGAAUGGUGAUAAAGUACUCCAUAAUGACAACUUUGGAGUAGGUAUGGAGGUGAUCUGUGAUCAUGUGCUCCAUAAUGAAAACUUUGGAGAGGGUAUGGAUGUGAAUGGUGAUAAAGUACUCCAUAACGACAACUUUGGAGUAGGUAUGGAGGUGAACUGUGAUCAUGUUCUCCAUAAUGAAAACUUUGGAGGAAGUAUGGAGGUGAAUGGUGAUAAUGUGCUCCAUAACGAAAACUUUGGAGGAGGUAUGAAGGCGAAUGAUGAUGUACUCCAUAACGAAAACUUUGGAGGACGUUUGGAGGUGAAUGGUGAUAAUGAGCUCCAUAACGAAACUUUGGAGGACAUAAUGCUUCAAUGUUACUUGCAUGCACAGAGAAUGCACAACCAUCGGUGGUAA